AUGUUAGCAGAUACUGGUUCAAAUGUAACCAUCCUUCGCAGAGAAUUGUAUGAAAAUAUGGCACCAUUAGCAAAACCAAACUUAAUACCGAUUAAUAUGUCCUUGACAACUGCCACUGGGGAUACGGCACCCUUUCAUGGAAUGAUACGGGCUGAAAUUUUCAUAGGUUCUCAGAGUUUUGACCAUAUGGUAUAUUUGGCAGAUAUUAAGAGUGACAGUAUACUAGGUAUGGAUUUCUUUAAAUCCCAUAAAUGUCAAAUUGACGUUAGCAGAAAAAGUUUGAAACUAAAUGAAGAAGAAAUACCAUGUUAUCAUCGUGAUGUAUCAGAAAGUUUUACUAGUUGUCGGAUACAAAUAAAAGAAAACACCGUCAUACCACCUGAAACUGAGGUUAUUGUUCUUGGAAAGCCUACUGGUGUAGUAUCUGAGACAAUUGGCAUAGUCGAACCUAAUAUCAACUUUAUAGAGAAAAGUGGCUUAUUGGUUGCUAAGGCUUUGGUUGAUAUUCGUAAGGGAGAUUUUCCCAAUCCGAGUGGCAAACUUAAGCAAGAACCUUAUACAGUGUACAAAAACACAAAUGCAGCUUUCUUUGAAGCAGAACAAGGAGAAAGAGUGAAGAUUCUUCUCAUUAAACACCAAAAUGUGUUUUCAAAAAGCUCUGAUGAUAUAGGAAGAACACAUACUGUUGAACAUACAAUAGAAACAGGUUCGGCAAGACCUGUUAAACAAGCUCCAUACCGAGUACCUCUUGCUAAACGUCUAGCAGCCGAGAAAGAAAUUAAAGAAUGGCUGAGAAGGGCAUAA